AUGUCGUCUGCACUCAGACCAUGGCUCGAAGAUGUGCAACUCACGAUCGAAACAAAUAAACAACCCAUGCCUCCAUCCCCCAGUCCGACUGACGCUGGUCACACUCCAACAGCCCGGGAUGUUCGUUCUCUUUUAGACAACCUGCGGAGUGACCGACCGGGAAGUAGGACGGUGAUAGUUGCUCAAGAACUGGCGCGUUACAAGGUGGACGUCGUUGGCCUCAGCGAGACCCGCCGCUCCUUCGAACAAGGCCCAUUGGAGGUCACUACCGGCCACCCAAAGAUAGGGCAACGUGACGUCGGUGUCGUCGUUGUCAUGCAGAAUGACGUCGUGGGACGGCUGCCGUGUCCGCCGCAGGUCUUCAACGGCCCCCUCGUGGGCCAACGCCUCCCUCUUCGGGGAGCCAAAUUCGUCUCCGUCGUCAGCGCCAAACUCUCCCAAUGA